AUGCUCACGCUCCUCGCGACCGCCCUCGUCUCCUCGACCGUCGUCCUUGCCCAAGGCGGCGCGUUUACCCCGCUCGCAUCUCAGAGCUUUACGUACACUGCACUCCCUUACCAGGCCGACCCAAACACGGGUGAGCGUGGCCACCAGUACGGCUACAACAUUUGCAACUCGACGACUCAGGGCCAAGAAUCACUCUGCCAGACGGCCAUUAUCAACAGCAUUGACGACUUUUGCCUUUGGGGUCCCCCCGAGCCCAACAGCUUGAUCGGUGACACUGAAGGUGAAGCCGUUGCUUGGUGCACAAAAGGAGGUCACGGAACUCGUGUCAUUCCCGAGGGUGCCCUCACCGGUGUCCAGUUUAUGCGCACACCAGAUUACAUCCAAGUCACUGGUCAUAUUAGACAAGAGCGUAUCAACAUUGCUGCCGACGACUCUGGAGGAGAGAUGGAUCCCCACGGUGCCGACCAACGUGGCAACCCCCUCGGUGGCUUGCUCUUCUCCAACGCCUGGGGUGGAGGAUACGUCCAAGCUAUCGAAUGGCACAAUUUCAUGGGUGGUGGCGUCUUCUGUCUCAAGGCCUGCGACCCCAGGGGCCCCAACGCUGCUCGCUUCUGCGAACAUAUCUUUGAUAGAAUUGGAUGCGCAUACAACGCCCCAGCUGCGUACGAGGACGGUGUGUUCGAAUCCUGCCUCGGCGAGAACCAAGACUUCCCGGGUAUCUAUACCUCGAAUGGCGUCGUCAUGACAUACACUCAACCCCCCGAGUCGCUUGGUCCCAUUAGCGUCCGCCCAUAUGAGCCACGCAUUCCGGCAAGCUCUUCGUGCACACCCUACACGAGCUCUGCACUCUACACAGACGCACCACCAGCCACUGGUGCCGCCGCCUCGUCUUCGUCCACGACGAGCCGUGCCUCGACCUCGACUCCACGCAGCACCGCGACGCGUUCGACGACGGGUACUAGCGCAAGUGCUACGUCGACUCCAGGUGCUGGAUUCGUUGGUGCAUCUGUCAGCCUUUCUGCUCUCCUCGCUGGCUUCUUUGCCUUUGCCGUCGCGCUCUGA